AUGUCCUCUCACGAUCACUACCACGAUCAUGACCACGGCCACAACCAUAGCCAUGGCGCCGGUCACGAACACGACCACUCUCACGACCUCGAGCCAGCCCUUCAAUCGAACCUCUACAAACAGAUCAACUUUGAAGGCAUCGUUACCCUCAACGAGGCUGAACCGCGUUCAGGGGCGGCGAUAGUCCAAAAGACGUGGGAUGAACGCCUCAAUGAGCAGCCCAUUCUCGAAAGCGAUGCAGACGAACAGCUGCUGAUGCAUGUGCCGUUUGCUGGGUCGUGCAAGCUCUAUUCCAUCAUCAUCCGGACGUCAGACACAGACUCGGCCCCACAGACACUCAAGCUCUUCCGGAACAGAGACGACAUGGACUUCACCCUGGCCUCCGACCUGAAACCUACGCAGAAAUUGACUCUCCCCAAAAGCAACGACGUGGCCGAGAUUCCGUUGAACCGGGCUCUAUGGAAUGGCACAACCUCGAUCAACCUCUUCUUCGAGGACAACCAUUCAGGCGGGGACGAGGAUGUCACUCGCAUCAGCUAUCUCGGGUUCAAGGGAGAUUUCAUGGCGCUCAACCGCGAGCCAAUCCACGUGCUGUACGAGGCGGCGGCAAACCCGCAAGAUCAUAAGUUGAUCCAGGGUCUGGUCAACACCAACCAGUCUAUGCCGGGCCAGUGA